CCGCCUUCUUGCAGCGCAGCGCCGACGCUCAUCUUCCUCGCAGCGAGCGCAGAUCUUCUGCUCCUCCCCCCACUCGCGCUCAGGCUCGGUCCCAGGGAUAGGAUCUUCCGCGCGUCGGCGGCCCCCCCCCUCGGCGGCGUCCAGCGACGGAGGGGCAGUCCCAGGCUCGGCGGCGGCGUCGGCGGCUCCCCUUCCCGCCUCUCGCCAGUCGCCUCGCGCCCUCGCUUCCGUCCUCCCCGCACCGGCCGGCGACCCUGCGUACGCACCUCCCUCUCCCCUCCCGCCUCUGCUGUUCCCGUGGGAGCCCGGCCAGCUGCCCAGGGUGGCCGGGCCUUGGCUCCGCCGGUGCUCAAAACACAAGCUUGAAUACCCAAGUGCCAUCGUGGGUUCAGGAGAAGGAUGUACGGGAGGCGUGCAUCGCAGCUGCUGAAGGAGAUCGACUCCUCUGAGGCUGGCCAGCUCGCGCCAUUCAACACUGACGUGUUUGAUCAGGUGAUUAGAGAGUGCAAUGAGCACAACUCACAGUUUCAAUCAUUGAUCAGGAAAAUGGUUGAGCAAAACUUAGACAUCGAGACAACUAGAAAUGAGGAUCACUAUGGUGCAGCUAUCCACCAUCUUUCCCUGCUCCGUAACAAAAGAUGCCUGAUGGCUUACAUGUACAACCGAGCAGAAGUUAUUCAGAGUUUUAGAUGGAAGGUUGGUCCUGUGCUUCCUCACGACAUACAAGAAAAGCUCCAUUUCUCAGAGAAAGAGUACUUCAAGAACCACUCUGCAGCCAUUAAAUCAUACAUUUCAGAGAUGGAUAUAGAUUUGACAGUGGAUAUGGUUCCUCCCAAGGAUCCUUACAUUCAGGUUCGGGUGCUGGAGGACAUUGGCGAAGUAUCUCUUGGUGACCAUUCUGUCUCAUUGACCAAGAACUCACUCCAUUUCCUAAGGCGCACAGACGCUGAACAAUUUAUAUCACAGGGUCUUAUGGAAGAAUUUCUGGAGUAGAGAUCACAUAUGAAUAUAUGAUGCACAAUAGGAUGUGCGCUGCCUCUUUCUCAUCAGUGCUGCUACCUGGUGGAAUAGCACUGGUGAUGCUUGAAGAGACUAUUUGCAACAACGAAAGGACACAUGUCAUCCUGGGUCUGUAGGGUACAUGAGACGUUUUCUGUACCAGGGAGCUUCUAACUAGUCGCCGGCAAUGAUUUCUUGCUCUAGAUGAUCGAGUGAAGUUUAUAAUAACUCUGUUAGUGGCAGUUUUCUUCAUGAUGUAUUAUUUUGUAGUAGAACUCGCAACUUUGUAAGCUGUAAAAGCAGUCUUACUAAAUCCAUUGCCUUGUUAGUCUGUUUACAUGUGGAUUCCUUUUGGUCAGUGUGCCAUCCAAGAAAGCAGAUGUUGAUAACAUUUUAACUUGUGUGUUAACAUUAGUUUUGCUCGACUUAGAAACUUAA